GAAACGAGAGUGCUAUUGUCAACACGGAGAAGGAAGGAUUUUCCACACACAAGAAGACGACUGGCUGGCUCGCAGCAGAAGGAAAGCGGAACGUGCGUGUCUGUGACUCCUCCCCCGCACCCCAUGGUUGUGUGAAAACGGACCAAAAGAAAAAGAAACGAAGUGAUUACGGGAAAACCGUGAAAAGAAAAAAACAGUUUUUCGUGUGCCUGCGUGAAAAUUCAAGCGUGAUUUUUGUGUACCCAGUUUGAUAACCUUCUCCAAAAACUCCGCUCGCGGCGGCCCCCCCUCCGGAUGUGCAUGUUUGUGAAGCUCCGUGUGUUUUGUGUUCCUGUUGCGCAGCGGAGUUUCUAGUUCUCGAAGUUUUCUUUGGUUGCUGUUCGCUGUCGCUACCCUUCCACACCCCCGUUUGGCACAAGUUUUCCGUACGCAUGCUGGCCCCCGUGCGCUAUGAGUGAAAGGUGCCGUCGGUUGGCAGGCAUUGGCAGCAACAGCGCACCGAACGGAGCAACCGAACUGCGAAUUGACGGCAUUGGCAGGUGGUGGAAACGGUCGAAGCAGCAGCGGAGAGGCGAGGGAGCUCCACCGUGUAACGACGGGUUCGUGUUGGCAUGGUUGUGUACCGCGGAACGUAACGCCUUGUGUGUACGGUUGUCGUGCUCGUGCUCGUCGUGACGUGCUUCGAUGUAACUAACGUGGAUGCUGGGAAAGGCACCUCACAUUCACUCCCAAUAACUCCCGCAACUCCCCCACCCCCAGUGACUGGUGCUUUCUUAAGGCAGGCAGUGAAGACAGGGAAAGAGAGAGAGAGAGAGAGUGAAGAAAAGACUCCCCAGUCAGUUCCUUAGCCUUUCUCGCCACUAAUCCGGUGGGUGCCCAAAGCAAGGAGGUGGCGAUUUGGUCGAAGCGUAAUUGAAUUAUCUACCCUCCCGUGUAACUGUAACAGAGGGGGCAACCCAUAAGAGUGUGUGGACCGGCGGAGAAGACACACACACACGGGCGAUUUUCGGAGAGGACAUCCAUCCACACAAGUUCACCAGCAUGAAAGCGAUCGAAGCAAAAAUUGUCGUACUUGGAUCGCAAGGUGUGGGCAAAACGAGCCUGGUGGUGCGGUAUGUCUCGAACGUGUACACGAAGGAAAUAUCGCCCACGAUCGGUGCGUCCUUUUUCACCUGCAAGGUCAAUCUGGAGGACUUUAAAGUAAAGAUGCAGGUUUGGGAUACGGCGGGCCAGGAGCGGUUCAAAGCGAUGGCCCCGCUGUACUAUCGCAACGCGAAUGCCGCCCUGCUCGUGUUCGAUCUCACGCAGUACAACUCGUUCAACGAAAUCAAGGGCUGGGUACAGGAGCUGCAACGGAACGUGCAGGAACCGAUGGUACUGUCGCUCGUCGGCAACAAGCUCGACCUGGAAGCGAAACGUGCCGUCUCCCGGGAAGAGGCUAUGCUGUACGCGAACUCGAUCGGGGGCAACUACUUCGAAACGUCCGCCUUACACGAUCAGGGUAUUGAGCAAGUGUUCAUAUCGAUAGCGGUAGGAUUAAUUAAACUGUCCGGCGAGGAUGUCUGCUCGUCGCUGAAGCGGUACGAAUCGAACGAUUCCCUCGUACUGUCCGGAUAUUCAACGAGAGUAAACGGUGUCGUGCAGAUGGGCAUUCCGGUGGAAAAUGACAGUAUAUUAAGCGACGGUAUGGGCAGGCUGGAGACGCCUUCCUGGAGCCGGGACCACAUAGCGCACGGCGAUGAGCAGCGGGUCGGCUGGUGCUGCUAUUAACACGGUUACUCCUCUGGACGACAACACGGCUUCUCUACACCGGGCACACCGGCAUGACGCAUAGACAAGUGCGCCCGCGCGCGCGCGCCCACGGAUCCGCGCGAGCCUGUGAAGAACAAGGGGAUUUCAGACAGAUUUGUGAUAGCUUUUUAUAUUUAUAUACACAUAUAUACAUACACACACACACACACACAGACUCACUCCGACACACCCAGGACACAUGAACAAAGGCGAGAAACACUACCCAACUCUCCUAGAUGACAUAGUAGAAACGAAAGCAGGGGAGUCCCCCAGGGUGUUUGUGUUUGCUGGCUCGGUGGGUGACGAUGACUGGAACUCGCUUUGUAAAACUGUUUGUUAGAGAAAUUGGAAGCAAAUCAUUUCAUUGAACCCGCUACAUUAUGUGUGAUAAAAAAAUGGGGAGCAAAAGCACGUGCUCUGCGAGAAGAUAGAUAAACUGUCUGUGAGAGAAAGAGAUAAGAAGUGAGAGGGACAUGCUGCUAGCUUAUCGUUUCGCAGUUUCAGACGCAUGUGAGUGGGAUUUACAGCAAGAAUUUAGAGCAGAACAAACUAUACGCGACACACUUCCUCUAAGCUUAUUAUGAGGGACUUAGGGUUUAGGGUUUCGAAGGAAAACGGGGGGAGGUGUUUCGGUAGUUUCCCACCUCACAAGCGCACCCAGCGUAUGACGACGCAGUACUAUCGGAAGGGGCGGGACGCAGAUAAAGCGGGCGAGCUGUGUUCGGGUCGAGUGGGGCAACGAUGUUUUGUUUUUGCAGCUGCCACCACCGUGACAGUGACCACCGUGACACUUGAAUAGAUCUCUUCCACAAGCGUAUGUGUGUGCAGAUUCGAUUCGAUCCGAUGCGUCUGCUAACGCGUCACACGUCAAGGGUAAAGCGAAGACCAAUGCCAACACCAAGUGCGCUCAUAUCGAUAUAUUUAUUGUUUAAGUCAAAAAGUCAAUUAUUUUCCCAAUCAUCUCGAUGUGCUGCUGGACGCUGUUUCCGCCCCAUUCCAUUGUUGACCCUUCAUCAUUGUAUGUAUAUGGCUUGCAUUUUCAUUCAUAUUAUUCCGUUUUUCUGCGGCCUCGUUGUUCGGAUUCGUACAGUCUUUUUUUUUUUAAUAAACAUUUUGCGAAGA